AUGACAUCACAGGCAGCCUAUGUGGUCGAGAAGGCCGUUGGCCACGAAAAAGAGAACAUUAAGCAGGAUGUCGCCAACUACGAAGGGAUUGGCGACCCAAAUGAGAGGAUGAAGGCGCUGGUAUGGCAGGGCAAACAAAAGGUCGAAGUUGUCGAGGUUGCGAGGCCCCGAAUCCUCGAGGACAAGGACGCGAUUUUAAAGGUCACCGGAACCACUGUCUGCGGGAGUGACCUACACUUGCUUCACGGCUCUGUCAUCCAGAUGAAUAAAGGUGACAUCCUCGGACACGAGUUCUGCGGCAUUGUCGACCAGGUCGGGCCAGGAGUGAAGAACGUCAAGGUCGGGAAGCGAUAUGUCGCCGCCUUCCAGAUUACAUGUGGAGAGUGCUUUUAUUGCAAGCAGAAACUCUCCUCGCAGUGUGAGAAGACCAACUCCAACAGAACCGCCAAAGCCAUGUACGGCUCCCAAUCGGCGGGCUUCUUUGGUUACUCCCAUUUCACCGGAGGCUUCGCCGGCGGGCAGGCCGAGUACGUACGAGUACCGAUCGCGGAUGCCAACCUGUUAGAGAUACCUGACGGUGUCCCCGAUGAGAAGGCCCUUUACCUAUCUGAUGUCCUGCCAACCGCCUACAACGCCGUCAAGGACACUGCAGUCUAUCCCGAAGACCAAGUAGCCAUAUUUGGUGCCGGACCCAUCGGCCAAAUGGCCGGCGUCUUUGCUCUAGGCGAGGGUGCCAGCAAGGUCAUUUUCGUUGAUACGGAACCCCGACUCUCUGCCAUCUCGGGACGCUGGCCGGCGGAGCACAAGGACAAGCUCGAGGUGAUCGACUACAAAAAGCUCAGCUUCGGAGUCACGAACAAGGAGACGGUGGUCAGCAAGCUCAAAGAGAUGUGCGGCGGACGCGGACCGGAUGUAGCCAUCGAGUGCGUAGCCGGCGAGUACGCCAAGGGGUGGAUGCACUGGCUGGAGAUGUCGCUUGGUGCCGAGACGGAUACCAGCGAGAUCCUCAAUGAAAUGAUUGAGGGUGUAAGGAAUUACGGCCGGGCUGGAGUCACGGGGGUGUAUGUCGGAUACACGAACCACUUCAACGUGGGGUCCUUGAUGCAGCGCGGCAUUCGUCUUAUCGGUAACGGACAGGCCCCUGUCAUGAAAUACUGGGAAGGGCUGCUGUCAAAGAUCCAACAAGGCGAUCUGGACCCGACCCAGAUGCUCUCGCACCGCUUCCGCAUUGAUGACAUCGACAAGGUCUAUUACAAGUUCGACUCUAAGGAGGAUAAUAUCCAGAAGGUCUUUGUGGAAACCAGAUUCUCCUUCCCGCGGGCCGAGGGCACGCCGGAGCUGACGACUCUGUGA